AUGGCACCGCACAUGGACCAUCUCAGUGUCUUCCCGAAGCUCAACACCGCAUUUGACCAGCUCUGGAACCUGGAAGAGUUCGUCAGUUGUGGCUCAUUUCCCAACCUUUGGUGGACACUUUGGCCAGGCUUGAAAAAAUUGGCUCUUACUGCCACAACUUUGGAAGACCUGAACGAUACCCUUUCCAAGGAAGAUGUCAUGGAAGACCUUGAGUGCAUGCUACUAGCAAAUCCGUCCUUCUCUACCCCCUCAUCAAGACGGCUGUUCUUUCACCGAACGGCACAGAGCAACACUUCAAUAACCAUAUUGCAUCAAAACGACGGUUUUCGGACUCGUUGGAGUGCUGCCGACCUGUGGCUAUCCAUGGGCAUGGGAGAGCUAGCAAAUGGAGCUCGUGACCAUCGCGACGAGUGCCUCGAAAGUUUUUGCCUACCUCUCGACCACACCCUCCGCCGCGACUGGCUCUUGAGUAAGGCGCUUCGCGGAGAGUUGUGGACAGCAGGAGAGGACCACGAAUCACCAUCAGGAUUAGAUGCCCCACUUCCGGAAUCAGCACCAUCAGCUCUUGUUACCUCCGACCAAGCAUGA